ACUGAUAAAAGCGGAGAAAUUAAACAUUCUUCGUGGACAAGCAAUCAAACCCCAGCAACAUGCCAGAACUGUAUUAUUCCGAAUGAUAUAUGUUGCCUCUCUAAAUCAAGUUAACCGCAUUGGCCUAAAUUACACUCGCCUUAAACAAACAGUUUAGCUGUCAUAAGCAAUUUCCUUUGCAUGAGAUUUGAUAAGCUGUUUUCAUUAGCCUCUAUUUUGCUCUCUCUUGUUCCUUACAUAUCCCAAGCGCGAACUCAUGUGAGCUCGACAUCUGUAGAGGCAACAAACACAAUCGAUCAACAUCUCUGAGUUAUAUACGUUGGCUUGACAGGCAGAUAGCACAAUUCACGCUACAUCGCCAAUGGGAAGGUUUAAAUUUUUCGCGUCCAUACUUCUCUGUGCUGUUCUGACGUCCAGCAGUCCUGUUGGCCAUCAGAGUUCAUCAUAUCAAAGAACUAUUCUGGGUCAUGACGAUAAAGACCAACUUUUUGGUGACGACACGAUUUUGGAUCACAUCGUCAAAGUUAAUAAAGGGAAUGACGUAAACAAGUACGAGGCAGAUAUCGUCUUAUCUCCUGACGAUAACGUUGAUCUCAGUAAUGAUGGUGAUGUGGACGGAUCAGGGAUAGGUCUGAGGAAGAAGCGCAAUGCUGCACGUGACCGAAAAAAGCUCUGGGUUACUCGUGUUAUCCCUUAUAAGUACGACAGCGGCCUUCCUGACAGCUUCAAGUCAACAAUUCAGGAAGCCAUGGCCGAAUUUGAGAAUAAAACGUGUCUGAAAUUUGUGCAGAGAAGUAGCGAGGCCUUGUUUAUUAACAUCAUCCAUAAGCCGGGGUGCUGGUCAUCAGUUGGCCGUCAAUAUUGGAUGUCAGGAGUUGGACAAAGACUGUCUCUUGGCUCUGGAUGCAACCAUAAAGGGACCAUCAUGCAUGAAUUGAUGCAUGCUGCUGGUUUCUGGCACGAGCAAUCGCGACCAGACAGAAAUCUUUACGUGGAGGUACUCUGGGAGAACAUAGAGCCUGAUGACGCCUACAACUUUAACAAGUACAGCCAUCGCGAUAUCGACCGGCUAAAGGUCCCGUAUGAUUUUGACUCUAUCAUGCAUUACGGGCGUAAAAGCUUCUCUAAAAAUGGCAAAGAAACCAUCCGAUCCAUCCUGGAUCCUAACAGGCCUUUGGGACAGAGGAAUGGAUUUACUGAGUUUGAUGUUCACGAAAUAAAUUCCCUUUACGAUUGUGCAGCAAGUGGCAGCUGGAGUACCUGGUCAGAAUUCGGUCCAUGCAGCACCAAAUGCAAGAAGACCCGUCAACGUUUCUGCAGCUCUAGUGACGUGGCUAAGGACUGCCCAGGAGCAGACCAGUAUGGAGUUCAACAAGAACAAGUCAAGUGCACUGACAAGGAGUGUUUCGCACCCAUCGACGGUCACUGGGGCCGCUGGUCAUCAUGGGGUUUGUGCAGUACUGAAUGUGGGUUUGGAACACAAACCAGAACAAGAUCCUGUGACGAUCCACCACCACGAUAUGGUGGCAAACAAUGCGCCGGUAGCUCGAAAGAUUCACAAGCUUGCAAACAGAAGUCAUGCGGAAUCGGGCCUUAUGACUGUGAAUUUGACUUUGAUGGGAUAUGCCAUUGGAAGAUAGAUGACAGUAAUCCCUCAGGUUUUACCUGGGAGCGAAACUCAGGAAGAACGCCUUCCUCCAGUACCGGGCCAUCCACAGAUCAUACAUCUGGACCAGGCCACUAUCUAUACGCUGAAACCAGUGGUAUUGCCCGAGGAGACAAAGCACAGCUUGUCAGCCGUACCUUCCCUGCAACUACCGGUCGUUGCAUGACGUUUUGGUAUCACAUGUACGGCUCAGGGAUGGGAGAGUUAAAUGUGUAUGUUAAUAUCACCGGUACCAAAUUGAAGGUCUGGUCCAUGUCUGGUGACCAAGGAGACGAAUGGAAAAUGGCUAGAGUUACUCUUGUUAGCAAGAGCUUCCAAUACCAAGUGAUAUUCGAGGCAGUUCGUGGAUCAAGUUUCCGAAGUGAUAUUGCGCUGGAUGAUAUAAGCUUUAAAGGGUAUCCAUGCCUGGAAGCCGUCGGUUGUUACUUGGACAAGGUCUCUGCGCGUGCGUUACCCUCACUAGUUAAAAACUUUCGAGGACAUAUAGACUGGUACCACAUAGAUAAAACCAUCGCCGACUGCGCCAAGGAAGUGCAGAAUCAAGGUUUUGAGGUUUUUGGUGUUCAGUUUUAUGGAGAAUGUUGGAGUGCUAGUGGCAAGCCAAACGAGACAGAGUACAACAAAUAUGGAGUUGCCCCACCUGAGGACUGCUGGGAAGGAGUUGGAAAGCAUUCGACAAACUUUGUUUAUAAGAUAGUUUAGUAGAAGGUGAGAAUGAUUUCAUUGUUAUGAAACGGCAA